CUGUUUUUACCGUUAGCUCAUCAAGCUGCAAUAUUCAAGCCUUGACAUUGCGAAGAUGGGCGCUGUUAUGGUCUAGUCCAGAUUACAUAGCACAAACAACUACGAGUUUCAGAGCUCUGUUAUGACAACAUUUCCAGUUCGUUCAGGUGGAGGCAGGAGGUGUGAGUAGAGUGCAGUAGACAUCAGCAGCAUGUAUUCUGAUUGGCGCUCGCUGCAGUUGGUGGUGCAGAGUGACCAGGGCCACCUCAGUGUUCUGCACACCUAUCCCACUAGCGUGGGCACGGAGGUGGCAAAUGCUGUGGUCAAGCCUUUGGGCACAGCUGUAAGCCCUGUCGCCACAGAGAACAUCCUCAAGACAGACAAGGAGGUGAAGUGGACCAUGGAGGUGCUGUGUUAUGGCCUCACCCUCCCCCUUGAGGGGGACACUGUCAAGCUGUGUGUGGAUGUGUACACAGACUGGAUGAUGGCCCUGGUGUCGCCCAGGGACUCGAUGCCUCAGCCUGUGGUCAAGGAGCCCAAUAUGUACGUCCAAACCAUCCUCAAACAUCUGUACAACGUCUUUGUACCAAGGCCUGACCACCACAGUCUGAACCACAUCAGGCUUUGCCAGCAGGUUCUGACUGCAGUCCAGAAGUUGGCACGAGAGUCUGUUUCCAUGGUGAGGGAAACCUGGGAGGUGCUGUUGCUCUUUCUGCUUCGCAUCAACGACACAUUACUUGCCGCGCCCACAGUCGGAGUUGGGGUGGCAGAGAAACUUGCAGAAAAAUUGAUGGCAGUGCUGUUUGAGGUGUGGCUACUGGCAUGUGCCCGCUGCUUUCCCACGCCACCAUAUUGGAAGACGGCAAGGGAGAUGCUGGCUAACUGGAGACACCACCCUCCUGUUGUAGAGCAGUGGAGCAGAGUAGCCUGUGCCCUGACCUCCAGGCUCUUGCGCUUUACCCACGGACCAUCUUUCCCACCUUUUAAAGUUCCUGAUGAAGAUGCCAGCCUGAUUCCAUUAGAGAUGGACAAUGACUGUGUGGCACAGACGUGGUACCGCUUUCUCCACAUGCUUAGCAACCCAGUGGACCUGAGCAACCCUGCGAUAGUGAGCACCACUCCAAAGUUUCAGGAACAGUUUCUUAACUCCAGCACCAUCCCUCAUGAAGUGGUGCUGCAUCCAUGUUUGAAACAGCUACCCCAAAUCUUCUUCAGGGCCAUGCGGGGCAUCAGCUGCUUAGUGGAUGCCUUCUUAGGUGUCUCUGUUGAAAAGAGAGAUGUACGGGAGAGGGUGUUCUCUGUUUGUCAAGUGCGGCUCUCUCAUGGUAUAUCACGUCCCAGAGCUGACAGUGCCCCGCCCACCCCAGUCAACAGAAUGAGCAUGUCUCCGCCCCCCUCCAUCACCAACACCACCCCCCCUCACAGCCGCAAGCAACGGCAUACAGUGGUCACCAAAACCACAAGCAAGAGUUCAACUAGCAGUGGUAGUCAACCAACCAAAGCAUCCCAGCAGCAGCAGCAAAAUUCAUCCUCCCCGACCCUGCUUUCCAGCCCCAACCAGAGCAGUUGGGAGAGUCGGCCCUUGCCGGCCCCAGCGCGGCCAAAGGUCAACAGCAUCCUCAAUCUGUUCGGCCAGUGGCUGUUCGACGCUGCACUGGUCCAUUGUAAGCUCCACAGCGGCCUCAGCCGAGACCCCAGCAUGACCGCGAUAGCCACUCAAGUAGGUCUGGAGCUGAGGAGGAAGGGAUCCCAAAUGUCCACUGACUCCAUGGUGUCCAACCCCAUGUUUGACGCCAAUGAGUUCCCAGAGAGUUACGAGGCAGGGCGAGCUGAGGCCUGCGGGACUCUCUGCCGCAUCUACUGUAGCAAGAAAACUGGAGAAGACAUUCUGCCUGUUUACCUGUCCAGGUUCUACAUGGUCCUGAUUCAGGGUCUCCAGAUCUCUGAUUUUAUCUGCAGACCAGUUCUGGCUUCUAUCAUUCUCAAUUCUUCAUCUCUCUUCUGUACUGACCUAAAGGGAAUCAAUGUGGUGGUGCCCUACUUCAUAGCUGCCCUGGAGACUAUUGUACCAGACAGGGAACUGUCCAAAUUCAAGAUGUAUGUUAAUCCUACCGACCUGAGGAGAGCCUCUAUAAACAUCCUGCUUGCCAUGCUGUCAUUGCCGCAUCAUUUUGGCAACAUCAAAUCAGAGGUUCUGUUGGAAGGAAAGUUCAACGAGGAGGAUGGGUGGCCUCAUGACCAGCCUGUGUCUUUCCUGUCCCUGAGGCUACGUCUCGUCAAUGUCCUCAUAGGAGCACUUCAGACUGAGACUGACACCACCAACACGCAGCUCAUCCUGGGUGCAAUGCUAAAUAUUGUUCAAGACUCAGCAUUGUUGGAGUCCAUAGGUGCACAGACUGAAACAGGGAGUGUAGAUGGGAGCCACAUGACUGUGAGAAGUCAGAGUCACAGCCGUACUAACAGUGGCAUUAGUUUCACCAGCGGGGGAAGCACAGAGGCCACCAGCCCAGACUCUGAGCGUCCUGCCCAGGCCCUGCUUCGAGAUUACGCUCUUCCAGAUACGGCGGCAGGCCUGCUGGUGCGCAGCAUUCACCUGGUCACUCAGAGACUCAACUCCCAGUGGAGGCAAGACAUGAGCAUUUCACUGGCUGCCUUGGAGCUGCUGGCUGGGCUUGCCAAGGUAAAGGUAAAGGUGGGAGUGGACUCUUCAGACCGUAAACGUGCUGUCAGCUCUAUAUGUGGGUACAUCGUGUACCAGUGUAGCCGUCCUGCUCCUCUUCAGUCCCGAGACCUCCACUCCAUGAUUGUAGCUGCCUUCCAGUUUCUCUGUGUGUGGCUCACAGAACACCCUGACAUGCUGGAUGAGAAGGAUUGUUUGGUAGAGGUGUUGGAGAUUGUGGAGCUGGGAAUCUCUGGCAGCAAGUCCCGACAGGAACAGGAAGUCCGACAUAAAGGGGAGAAGGAGCACAACCCAGCUUCGAUGAGGGUUAAGGACGCUGCUGAGGCGACUUUGUCCUGUAUCAUGCAGGUGUUGGGGGCCUUCCCUUCCCCCAGCGGGCCUGCCUCCACCUGCAGCCUGCUGAACGAAGACACCCUGAUUCGGUUUGCCAGACUCAGUGCCACAGGAGCCAGCAACUUCCGCUACUUUGUCCUGGACAACUCGGUCAUCCUCGCCAUGCUGGAGCAACCUCUCGGCAAUGAGCAGAACCCUAGUCCAUCAGUGACAGUUUUGAUCCGAGGGACGGCUGGCAGACAUGCCUGGACCAUGCAGCUUUUCCACCAGCCCAGAGGAGCUUGGGCCAAUCAGAGGCAGGUGUUUGUUCCCGAGGGCCGUCCAACACCCAACAAUGGUGUGGGUAUCAAGUACAACGUCAAGCAGAGGCCCUUCCCUGAAGAGGUGGAUAAGAUACCUCUUGUCAAAGCUGAUGUCAGUAUUCCUGACUUGGAUGACAUUGUCAGUAAAGAGGUGUGUUGUAUGGGCUGGCAGGAUGAUACGAGAGCUACAAAUGCACCGAUGAGUAAUUACCCCUACCUGGAACUUCAGCAUGACAAGCUUCGUAUUCUGAUGACCAAGCAGAUAGAGUAUGAGAAUGCCUUGGAGCGGCACAGUGAGGAAAUCUGGAAGUCCAAGCUUUACCCUGACCCACAGACCGACUGCAAACCCCCUCCACCCGCGCAGGAGUUCCAGACAGCACGCCUCUUCCUCUCCCACUUUGGCUUUCUGUCUCUGGAGGCGCUCAAGGAGCCCAACAACAGCCGUCUACCUCCUCAUCUGAUUGCUCUCGAGUCAUCCUUGCCAGGGUUUUUUGAUGACAUGAGCUACCUGGACCUGCUUCCCUGCCGACCAUUUGACACAGUCUUUAUUUUCUAUGUGAGGGCUGGACAGAAAAGCAGCCCCGAGAUCCUGAGGAAUGUGGAGUCAUCAUCGAGUGUCCAGCCUCACUUCUUGGAGUUCCUGCUGUCCUUGGGCUGGCCUGUGGAAGUGGGACGCCACCCAGGGUGGACGGGACACCUGGAUACCAGCUGGUCCCUCAACUCCUGCUCCGACAGCAAUGAUAAACAACAAACAGAGGACGCAGCUACUCCUGAGGACACAGGAGGUUCAGUGUUCAACGGGGAGAAGAGAGUUUUAUACUACGCCGAUGCUCUAACAGAGAUUGCCUUUGUUGUUCCAUCUUUAACAGAAAAUUCUGAGGAGUCAUCAGUGCACAGUGACUCCACAGUGGAGGCCGACACUAGCACAGACGUCAUGCCUGGUUUACACAAACAACCCAAUCUCACACUGGAGCUGUUCCCCAACCAUUCUGACAACCUGGAGUCUGCCAAAAAGCUGAGUCCUUUGGUAAAGACGAAGAGAUCAUCGACUGGAAAGUCUUUCCCACCGCUGGGUCCUGAGACAAAGGUGUUUGUGGUCUGGGUGGAGCGCUUUGAUGAUAUCGAGAACUUCCCAUUGUCUGAUCUCUUGGCGGAAACCAGCACGGGCUUGGAAGCUAGCAUGAGCAACAGCACUUCCUGCAGGUCAGGGUUACUAGAAAAGGACGUUCCUCUGAUCUUCAUACACCCUCUCAAGACGGGACUCUUCAGGAUCCGGCUGCAUGGAGCUGUGGGUAAAUUUGGCAUGGUGAAUCCCCUGGUGGACGGCAUGGUGGUCAGCCGCAGAGCACUAGGGUUUCUUGUGCGCCAAACGGUCAUCAACGUGUGCCGACGGAAGCGUCUGGAAAGUGACUUGUACAACCCGCCUCACGUGAGGCGGAAGCAGAAAAUAACUGAGAUUGUUCAGCGUUACCGCAACAAGCAACUGGAGCCUGAGUUUUACACCUCGCUGUUCCAUGAGGUGGGGGAGGGAAAGCUUCACCUUUAACCCCCCCAGUCCCCGUCCCCCCCCCGCCCUGUCCUAACACUGAUUCCCAAGCGCACACGACAACACACAUACAUGCUCUUGUCCUAUACUCCUACACCAUUUACAACUUUGCGUACACACACACACGCACACACGCACACACACACACACACACACACACACACACACACACACACACACACACACACACACACACACACACACACACACACACACACACACACACACACACACACACACAGAAUCUUUAUAUUUAUACCGUACUGUUUUGUUAUUUAUAUGAAUACAUAUAUCAACACUGUCUGCCUUUGACUCUGAGAGCAAAGUGUCAAAAACCAUGCCAAGGUGGAAAAUGCUGCAUUUCUAUGUGGCAGCCACUCAUUGAAGGUUUGAAUGGCUAUAGUUCAACAGUGACUGUGUCUCCUCAUUUAGGUUCAUGCUUUGUGGCAAAAGAGUUUCUGCUUGUCAUUAACUGCAAUACAAUAGUUACACUGUUGGCCUUUCUCAAAUUGUAAAAAGUUUGUCCUUUAAAUCCUGUGAUAUAAUUGAAUUUAAUGAUUCAGAGCUGGAUUUUUGCCAAGGAGAUAAACAUGUAAGCGUUAAAAAAAAAAAAAAAAAUUACAUCACCGCUGCUUCAAGGCAAGUGGCUUCAACAGAACAAAGAAAUGAUUGACGACAUUAACCCAUGAUCUAAUUUUACAACUAAUUGUCAUCUCAGUGCAGACACCUACUAAAGUCUUCCUCGUGCGAACACACAUUCGGCCAUCACAGCAGCUGACUGAGCACACAGAUAUUGCUGUUUAUAUAUUUUUUAUUUUCCAGGUGAUUUUUUUGGGACUCCUGUGUUGUAUUACUGUAUGUGGAUGUCAUUUUUGACACAUGCACUGUCUCUGUGCCAGUCUGAAAGUCAUCCUAUCUCAACACAGCCACUGCACUGUUUGCGUACGUACGCGCAUGUGUGUGUGUGUGUGUGUGUGUGCGCGCACGUGUGUACACGUACGUGGCCACAUGUAUGCUUGUUCAGCCAGUCAAAUCAUUUACACUACAAGGAGUCAAUAGUGACUCCUAAAAAUUUAAAGAAUGAUAAAUAUUCCCGGUCAAGACAUAACCCUAGAACUAGUUUACUCCUAAUGCUUGGUUUAAGUUUACUGAUGAGGGUAGUUGGAGAGCUCCCAGAGUUUGCAUUUGAUGUUUGCAGGGCUAAUAUGAAAUGAUCACAAAGACAUUUUUAGGUUUGAAGUAUCUGCCAAUACCAAACCGAACUAUAGCACAGUUGAAAUGUCUUGCUCCUCCAAACAAAUCUAUGGUGAUGUAUUCAAAGGCCAAAACACUCAAUGUAGCUAACAGCAUUAUAUACAGCUUGCAUUUUGGCUGGUCUGAGCUAUAAUAUUUUUUUAUUUUAAACCCAGAAAGAAAAUCUUUAACUUGUGAGAUAUAUUCGGUUUGGAUGACAAAUGUGCAGCUUUGCCUUCACACGUUUUAGUAAUUUUUUUUUUUUUUGCUUCACUUUAUUUUCUCACUUCUGUUUACUCACACUGUACUUUGGUUUUUAGAUUCAAGCCCUCUCACUGUCUGCCUGUAACAAUGUGAAUUUAUUUAUCACAGAGAUUGAACAGGGCAAACACCUCUAGUUUCUUUGUUGUAUUGGAAAGUCUUAAUGCACUGAGCACAUUUUAUGUUUAUUUUCUAUUCCCUUUGGUUACCUUACAUGUCCUUUUGUACUUUUGUGCAUUUUGAAAGAAAACCCUGCUGAAGGAAGUUUUAUCUUGUGAAAUAUGAAUGAAGAAGAGGCGUCAUGGAGUUUUUAACCUAUCAUGUCUAACUGUGUGACUCACUUUUUAUGACGGUGCUUUAUGCACAUGCCUUUAUUUGGAAGGAAAAAAGUACAUUAAAUAUGCUUCAGAGAAACUACAUACAAUCAGUCAUACAUUGUAUCCUAUGUUACUCCUCUGAUGUUUGAUCAUAUUUAAAGAUUUGCCAUGUACAGAAGCAGAGGAUAAUAUGUAAAUAUAUGAUAGUGUAAGGCAUUUACAAGUUGUCUGUUGCAUUCCACAUCUGAGAUGGUGAGAAAAAGUUAUGAAUGCAAUUAUGUGUGGGAGCAUCAUGGGUAUUGAAUGUAACAUGCAUCAAUUAAAACUAUUAUUGACAUUUUAA